AUGAAUUCCUUUAAUAUUUCAUUCCUUUCAUCCAUGAAUGGAGAAAUGCAAAACACCAACGACAUGAAUUCAACAUCUUCAUCGUCGUCGUUUCCUUUUCAUAUCUUCUCUCUCUUGAACACCUCCUCUCACUCACUUUCAUGUCCUUAUAAUGAAUCAAAUAUAAUUGAAUCAUCCAUAGGCAACCAUUGGAAACAUGAAAAUAUGGAUCAAAAUGUCAAUAAUGACAUUGUUUCGAAUAUUCCUCCCUUCCUUUCAGUUAGUGGCAAUGAAAAACAUUCACCUUCUCUCAAUGUCUUGAAUAAGGAUCAAUGGUUCAUGUUAUGGGCAAUAUUCAAUAUGAAAAACCAAGUCUCUGUCAAUUCGUCCACCUGCCAGUUGUCAACUAAACAACAACAAGAACAUCAUUCAGAAACGAAUACAAGUCGAAUCGAUGCAUCCUUGACUACAAAUGCUCCAGAAAAUUCCCAGUUUGUAGAAAAUAAUCUUUGUUCGGUGGCACAAACUUGGCAGUCCAUGAAGAUACCUUCUUCAGACUGCUCUUCAUUGAAACGCACAAGCACCGCCUCGAGUUUUCCCAAUGCUUCUCCUAAUCAUACCCUCCACAACACACCACUUGUCGUGUUACCUUCAUCAUCCAUGAAUGAUCUCUACCAAUCCUCAACGAGCUCACCAUUUCUAAGUGAUGUGAAUGAAUUCAUUCUUUCUUCAGAGAAAACCGAUCAAAAGCAUCGAAAGGAUGAUGACACGACAAUAUCUCCUCUCCUCAAUGAGCAUAAUCCUUCAAACUGUUUGAAGAAACCAAUGACCCAACAACCACAACAACAACGACAUGAAAUUCCAACGCUUGAAGAUAAGGACAUUCAAAAGAAAUCAUCAUGUCGACAAAAGAAACUCUCUUCAAAACCAUAUUUGGUACCCACAAGUUUUAUGUCUGAAUUUCUUGUUCGUGACGAACAACAAGAUCAUGCACCAAUUUUCAUCCAACACACUGAAGAAAUGUUGAAACAAGAGCUCAUGAUCAAGAAAGGUCUUCUUCCCAAACGACCAAGAGGUCGUCCUCGAAAAAACCACAACAAUGAGAAUGACUCAAUGACUCGAAACACGACAACUUCAAAUGCAUCUUCACAGCAUGUUCAAUUACAAUGA